AUGAUGGGAGCCUGAGAGUUCAGCUGGAGCGAGAGGAGCGAGAAAAGAAGAUGAUUCCCCGGGACCGAGCUGUCAAACCAAUCUCUGCCGAUUCCUGAGCUUUGUAUACUCUAUAUACAUUUAAGGUGGAGCCUGUCAGUUCUUUUCAGAUGUGUUCUUGGCAAUCAGUCGAGGACAAUGUUGAAUCGUUAGGAGGCUUUUGGAUCGAAGAAGGAGGCAGCAUUAGCUAUUGUUGCUAGCUAGCUGUGCUAGCUAGCUGCUUAGCUAGCGAGCUAGCUCCGUCUGGAUACGGGUUUCGGGAACCGGUGAGUCCUCCAUCUCGCUGUCAAUCGCGGCGGCUGCUGCGACUGAGCGAUCGGCUUGGACCGUGUCUGGCAUUCAGAGGUUUAUCUGAGGACAACUGCAUGUAUUUAAUUCGGGGGUGUUUGCAAGACGAAUUGCAGGAUUGGGAAAGUCGGGCCUGCACGGAGGAGGAGAGCGAGGCCCGUCUUUAUGAUCCAGAGGAAGCCUGUCUAAUCCGACCCACAACCACCGCUAGCUCUGCGGGCUAGCACGUCUCUGCGAGGACCUGCAAAAUUUAAAGAGCGGACCCGCUGACUGCGACAAACACGACCAGACAGCCAAUACUAGAAAGACCUGUUUUCAUCAUUUACCCCUUAUAGACUCCUGUCACCUGCUACAAUGGCUGCGAUUAUAAAAGAAAUUGUCAGCCGGAACAAAAGGAGAUAUCAAGAGGAUGGGUUCGACCUGGACUUAACAUAUAUCUACCCAAACAUCAUUGCUAUGGGCUUUCCAGCAGAGAGACUCGAAGGCGUGUACAGAAACAAUAUAGAUGAUGUAGUACGGUUUUUGGAUUCAAAGCAUAAAAACCAUUACAAAAUCUACAACCUCUGCGCAGAAAGACACUACGAUGCUGCCAAAUUUAACUGCAGAGUUGCACAGUACCCCUUCGAAGACCACAACCCUCCUCAGCUGGAGCUAAUUAAGCCGUUUUGUGAAGACCUGGACCAGUGGCUCAGUGAGGACGACAAUCACGUGGCAGCCAUCCACUGUAAGGCCGGGAAGGGCCGCACUGGAGUCAUGAUCUGCGCCUAUCUCCUCCAUCGCGGAAAAUUCCUGGAGGCCCAAGAAGCGCUUGACUUUUACGGUGAAGUCAGGACAAGGGACAAGAAGGGAGUAACGAUCCCGAGCCAGCGCCGCUACGUCUACUACUACAGCUACCUACUGAAGAACCAGCUAGAGUACAAGCCGGUGGCGCUCCUCUUCCACAAAAUGGUGUUCGAGACUCUCCCUAUGUUCAGCGGGGGCACCUGCAGGGACAGUACCGUUAAAAACAGGAGCGAGCCGACCCCUCAGGGCUUCAAGAAAGGGAAUUGGCAUUGGGAUCCGCAGUUCGUGGUGUACCAGCUGAAAGUGAAAAUUCACACGUCGCACCCGGCCCAUACGCGGCGCGAGGACAAGCACAUGUUUUUCGAAUUCCCCCAGCCGCUGCCAGUUUGUGGAGACAUCAAAGUGGAGUUCUUCCAUAAACAGAAUAAGAUGAUGAAGAAGGACAAAAUGUUUCACUUCUGGGUGAACACCUUCUUCAUCCCUGGACCAGAGGAGAGCUCGGACAAGAUGGAGAACGGGGCGGUGAACAAUGCGGAGAGCCAGCAGGGAGGACCGGGACCGGGCCAGGGGCAGCCGCAGCCACAGCUACAGACGCAGCCGCAGCGUGCCGAGAGCAGGGACAGCUGCAGGGAUAGCGACAGGGACUACCUCAUCCUGACGCUCACUAAGAACGACUUGGACAAGGCCAACAAAGACAAAGCUAACCGCUACUUCUCGCCAAACUUCAAGGUGAAGUUGUAUUUUACGAAAGCCGUGGAGGAGCCUUCGAAUUCUGAGGCAAGCACUUCAACAUCCGUCACCCCGGACGUUAGCGACAAUGAGCCAGACCAUUAUCGAUACUCUGACACCACUGACUCUGAUCCGGAAAAUGAACCUUUUGAUGAAGAGCAGCACACGCAAAUCACAAAAGUGUGAACUCUUUUUAAACAGGAAAAGAAGAAAUUAUACACCAGAAAAAAAAAAGGAGAAAACUUGAAUAUAAACUCAAAAGAAGAACCUUUGUCCCUUCCCUCCCCCAGACGGCAAUAGAAUAUCAUCAUGUCAAAUGCCAAUUUUAGGGAAAAAAAGAUAAAUAUCCUGACCAAUAUAUUGUUUUUUUUAUUUUUCUUUUUUUCUUUGGCACGGCCAUGUACCAUGUGCGAGGUAUUGACACUGUUGCCCCAUGGGAAAAGGUGCUGUAGCUAUAAAAAUGUGUUUAUAUAUAUAUACAUACGUAUAUGUAUAUACAUAUAUACAUGCAUAUAUAAACAAACUUUUUUUUGUGUCAAAGACAAUGGAAAGAGUACCACAAUCAGGAGACGGGAGUUGAAGUGUGGGAGAAGUUAGAAUGAUAUACUAGGACUAUGCUGCUCCUUCUCCUGUCUAAACCAAGGCCAGUGCUGCAGUCACUUUGUUUCACUCCCCCCCCCCCCCCCCCCCCCGCCCCCCUCUCCUCUCAUCUUUUACUCUCCCUCCCCUCCAUCCUAUCCUCCUUCCUAUCCUCCUUUACUGUGAAUGCUUCUUGUGCUCUUUGCAGGCUGUCUCACGUGACUUUUGGCCUUUGUGCAGUGCAAACUGCAUGCGGGCAGUGGGUUGGGGGUGGGUGGGGUUAUGAAGAGGCUGUGAUGAUGUCUAAAGCAUUGCCAUUCCUGUUCCCACUGUGUAUACGUUAAAUUAUGCAGAACAAGGCAUCCCAUGUAAUUGUUAAUGUUUUUUUUAUCCUAAGAUAAUAAAAAUAUAAUACACAAAACAGCAGGGAGACAAGUGUUUGCAAUAAUGUCAACACUACAUUUAAAGGACAGUGGUGAUUUGCAUGUAUUGGAAUUGGCGUCCAUCCCUAAUAAAUGUAUGCAAUGUUGUCUUUUCUUAAAG